CAUCGGAGCUCCGCGAGCCGAACCGGCCACCGUCACAGCUCUCGCCCUCGCCACCACCGCGGGUGCCGGAGCGGGCACGCCCCCGGCCGGUGGUGGCAUCGGCGGCGGCAGCAGCGACGUCCGCAUGGUGCACCUCAGUCCGACGGCAGCCCCUGCGCUCCCGCCGCCGGCCAGAGCCAUGCUCUAUGGCCUCGGGGCUCCGCUCAGCGCCGCCGCCAGCAGUGGAUUUUUUGGUGAACCCGAAAACUUUUCAAUGUAUAACAACAACCGAGUGAAAAGAAGACCAUCCCCCUAUGAAGUGGAGCUCUCUGAUGGCCCUCACACAAAAGUGGUCCGUAGAAUAUUCACAAACAGCCGCGAGAGGUGGAGGCAGCAGAACGUCAAUGGAGCUUUUGCUGAGCUUCGGAAGCUCAUCCCAACUCACCCACCUGACAAAAAGCUCAGCAAGAAUGAAAUAUUACGCCUGGCUAUGAAAUACAUCAACUUCUUGGCCAAACUGCUCAAUGACCAAGAAGAGGAAGGGAACCAGCGGGGCAAAGUAAACAAAGAGACUGGCAUAGUGCAAGAAGACCUUCUUCAGGACAUGUUGUCCCCAAAUUCAAGCUGUGAAAGCUCAUUAGAUGGAGCAGGAAGCCCAGACAGUUUCACGGAGGAGCAUGAAACAUUAGAUCCUAAGCAUACAAGAGGGCUCCAUCAUUCCCUUCUUCCCAUUGAGAGCAAUGCCCAGCGAUGAUGAACCAGCCCAGAGAAUCAUCAGAAUACCUAAUAUCUGGAUUGUAUGCAUGUCCUCAUUUUCUUCUUCUUUAUCUAAGACAGAGCGAAUAAAGGGUACUUCCAAGUUUCUUUUCAACUUGAACAAGUUGAUUAAAAUAAAGAAUGAGUAUCCAGGUGUACAGAACAAUUUCCUGCUUAUGUCACCAGUGAAACAUAGGCCUUGCUUGUUGCAUUUUUGAAAAGUUUAACACAGAAGGGCUGAAAUUUGCAGGCAGCUCAUUUUGUGUGUGUUCAAGGUUUACAAAGGGAUUGAACUGAGACUUCAUCCUUCUGCCAAUUACCUAUGCGUUUUGCCUUGUCUCUCAGCUGUUUGGACCCAAGCUUCUUCAGUUCCGUGUGGCUGUUGACAUUGCAUUUUUUUCAUGUUGUAUGGUGUUCUUUUCCAAGUGUCUUCGAAGAAAUGUACGCAACUCAUUUACCUUCACCGAAGAGCUUUGGUGAAGCAUUAUUUGUGAGCAACACAUAAUUUGCAUUUGGGCUUUCUUUUCUUUCUUUCUUUUAAAAACACCUCCAUUCAUUUCACACAGGUUUGAAUUGUUUGAGGUCUUGUAUUUCUGGUGUGGAUUUAAAAGAAAUUCUAAUGUGCAGUAUUUGCUGAAUAAUAAAGGUACACCAUUUAAGAUUUGUUUUUCAACUUUUGACACUUCAUCAGAGGGAUAUAUCCUUCAAGCAUGGCUGAGCAACAGGGACCUCGAAGGUGUUACCUUCGGUUUCCCUGGUUUUAUUUUCUCUGACAAAAGUGUAAUGAGAAAUGUUGUUUGUGUGUAUUUAUAUGUAAGGCUGGUACAAACAAUGUUUCAGUAAUGCACUUUGACUUGCCUAGAUUUACAUAUAUUGAGGUGAUAAGGCACAAUCCAACUGGAGCUUCUUCUUUACAAGAUCCAUGGGAAUAAAUGGGAAAUCUCCAUGGAAAACCCAUAGAAAGUUGUGUGUUACAUGGUUGUUUAGUAAAUUUGGUACAUGCUGAUUGCUCUGAACUGUACCAUGCUCCAUAUGUAGGAAGUUUUUGGGGUUUUUUUUGCAGAAGAAGCUCCUAGAGGACAAUUCUCAAGUGGUACUUUUCUUUCCAAAAGUUGCUUGGUUCCAGAAUGAAUUUGCAUUCUAUUGGGUAUUGUAAUUCUGUGAACAGUGGUAUAUGCAGCAAACCAUGAUGAUGCCAAAACAACAUUAUGAACAUGAUGUUGCAUUAUGCAAAUGUGUCAUUAUGUUCUAUUGUCUCAAUGUCCGAUAACAAGUGUGUUAGCCACAUUUGUGUGAUGAAAGUAUCACACAGUUUUGUCAUUUCCCUUCCUUGCUUCUCUGCAGAUGCCUAAGUGACUGUUUUCUGUGCCAUGUAUUCUCUUCCCUCAUGCUGGUGCAGCUAAUCAAUCUAAAGUACCUGUUCCACCUUGUUUUCCCCUUUUUAUCAUUAAAACAAUGGCAGUCUACAUUAUCAAGGGAGGACUGCUGAAUAUAGUGAAAUUAAUUUGAGAUUGGUUUUGGUUUAAUAUUUGUUGAUUACAAUCAACCUUUGUUUCUGUGGAAUUUUGAAAUCAUGGUUAUUCAUUCUUGGAUAGUUUUAUGGAAACAUUAUAUUUUUCAGAUAUGCACCUGAAAUCUUAAAUGUAUAAGCACACAUAAACAAGUGGAAUGUGAAUUUGUUACACAAAGAGACUGCAAAUGCAGGUAUGAUUGAAGUACCUAUUCUUAAAAAUUAUAUUUGAUUGACGUUUCUAGAUUUGACUUUGUAUUAUAAAGAACUACAGCAAUUUUAGUAAUUCAAGGCACAAUUCAGAACUUUAUAUGUUCAUCCAUUGUUGACUAUGAAGGUUGCAGUGUAGAAAAUUUAAGGAAGAUUUGUUUUUCCUUCUCAGUUGUAGUGUUUGCCUUGUUAAUAAAAAAAUUAUAGUUGCUUGGGCAUUCAGACAGAUGUAUACAAGGUUUUUCCCCCUAUCACAGAUUGUUCAUGAAUUCUCUGAUAUGUGUAUAUGUGUGUUUGUUAAAGUAUUUUUCUAUUGAGAAACAGUUUUGAAAAAAGAAAUACUGUCUUUUGUUGUUUGUAUGGGUGGGAGUGAAAGACACAUUGCUUCACGAGCUGCAUGUUGUUCCAAAAAGAUUAAAAGGUAUUGUGAAUAAUGUAAAAGUUAUUACUGAGGAAUAAAUGGCUUAUUAACCAUUGCUUAUUAUUAAAGUCUCUCCCUUCAAACAUCUAGAAACAACAACAACAAUAAUAGGAAGGCAUCUGCAGACUGGAAACAGAACUUGAAUGAAUGCCCAAGUCAAAUUAAAGCAAUUAGAAGGCAUUUGAUUGUGACUUUUAGAUUACAGACCAAAUUUAUUUACGCUUACUAAGAAGGGCAUGUUUAACCAGUGGUGCUCCCUGGGAUGUGUUGUGUUUUAAAGAAGAUGGCAUCUACAGCAGAAUGAUCAAACUCCUGCCUUUUUCUAUGUGACAAAUAUACAAAGGCUUUGAUUGGACUGCCAUGGCUGCCAUCUUGGUUUUUUUUUUCUUUUUUCCCCAUGAACACCAUGCCUUAUAUGUCCAAGUCCUGUCUAGGAUUACUCUGCUAACAAGUUUCAUUCAUGGUCUUUUAUAGCCAUCUUAGUUAGGGUGAGCCUUAAAUGUUUUCACCUUAUUUGUGCUUUAUUUUUUAAUAUAAUUUUUCCGUCUCUCAGAAGUGGAAUCACCUGGAUAUUCUGGGUCCACCAUAUCCCUGAUACCUACUUCAAUCUUGGCCAGCAAUAGAUUGUUUACCUUCUGUUGGGGCUCAUUUUAGAUGCUAAUCAACGUUAAAAAGUAAAUACAGCUUCUUCUGGUCUUUUGGCCAAGGGAAAUUGAAGGA